UUGUGGGUGAACAUGGUCGUUGUAGAUUUCAUACAUGUACCGCAAGGUAUCCCGGCUUCGUGACAGAGUUUUAAAGAAUCUCACAAUUAGUGUGUUUUAAAAGUUUACGCUACGUGGUGGGGGUGAGCUUGCAUAUAUAGCGUCGCCUAGAGAUAAGUCUGAUUUUUGCGCUUACACUUGAUCUUCGAUUGUUUUUUGAGAAAAAGAAAAAGAAGAAAAUUUACGUUAUACCCCUCGAGAUCGGUAAACUUUUCGUGAAAGUUUUGAAGUAUGUAACUGAACAAAAUAGAACAGACACACUAUCUACCUGUUGAUGCUUUUUAAGUGUACGUAAUUGAAGAUUAAAGAUUUGAAAUCCAGGUCAAGUGUGAUUUUAUAUUAACGAUGCAGUCGUUUUUUUCGUGUCUUUUAUGUCUAACGACGCUCUUUGCCUUUUUCAUAACGUCCGGGAAUCUUAAAGUUGACUUUAUAGAGCCUUCCGCGACGAACAAUCUAGAAGAGAACGUAAUUCUAGAAGUCGUUGAUAAAACGAAUUUGACCGUUUUCGAGCCGGUGUUUGUGGACGUUAAUUUGAAAAAUGUGUGCGAUUCUGAUUUUGACGCGGUAUCAAAAUCGAAAGUGGUUACCGACGAAACGGAAAGUGGACCCACGAAGGCGAGAAAGUGUAUAAGAAAUAUAGAAAAAUGCAUCGAAGAAGAUGUUAGUUACACUGUUGCUUUAGCCCAUAUGAGCAAACGCCUGUUUACUUCUAUACCACCGCUGGACUUCACUUCUGUUAAAGGAAUCAGCAACAGUUGUAAAUAUCAAAAUCGUCUUUAUCUUCAGGCCCUAAAACGAUAUGAAUUAUGGGCACUUAGUAUGUACGAUUCUUCGGCAAAGAUUCCAUCGGGAAUUCUUAGUGGAAAUAUAAAUCAGCUUGGAGACUUUGAUGAAUGUUUAAAUGCCGUUUCUGAAAAAUGGAACAUCGAGGGACAAUAUUGCCUGGCAAGUCUUCAAGUUCAAGAACCAACGACCCGAUAUUUGCAUGCCAUUUAUAGCCUAGUCCAUUCCUAUUCGCCUUUUAAAAGCAAACUUCGAGAUCCUGGUCAUCGGGUACCGAGGUAUUCUAGCAUUAGCUGGGCAUUGUGCGUUCCUAAAUCCUGUUCUGCAAGCGAUGUGUCGCUAGGAUUAAAAAAUACGGUUGAUGAAAUCUUUAACAAUACAGGAUUGACAAUUCAGUUGGACGUUGAUCCGUCCAUGUGUCAAAGUAAACCGAAAGAGCCCUUACCAUUUUCAACAAAACUUGUAGGAUGCCUAUUUCUAACAGUAGUUGCCCUUGGUAUAGUUGGUACCAUAUUCGAUUACCUCGACAUACCAGGAACCAGUGAAUGGUUGUUAUGUUUUUCUUUUCGGAAAAAUGUAAAGACGCUUUUUUCAACAAAAAGACCCUCAAAUGACAUAGAAGCAAUUCAUGGAGUCAGAUUUCUGAAUGCACUUUGCCUUAUAAUGGCCCACAAAGCCUUGGCUUUGUUCUUUGUUCCGUAUAUGAAUCGGACAGAAAUGAGUGAGAUACUGGGUAAGCCAUGGUCAGUCUUCGGCAGGGCAGCCAGUUUGUAUACCGAUCCUUUCAUAAUGAUGUCAGGAACUUUAACGGCCUACAGUUUCAUAAGUAAACUCAAAAAGUCUGAGAAAAUUAAUAUAGUAAACGAAUACGUCUCCCGAAUAAUGCGUAUAUUGCCUACAUUGGGAGCUUUGAUUCUCUUUUGUACCUUCUUAUUACCAUUUUUGAGCAAUGGUCCCUAUUGGAACCAAGUCGUUACUCAUCACUCAGACAUUUGCAAACAACAUUGGUGGAGAAAUUUGCUUUUUAUUCACAAUUAUUUUGGUUUCGAAAAUAUGUGUUUGACCCAUACGCACCAUACAGGAAUAGACACCCAGCUAUUCUUUUUAUCGCCGUUCCUUGUAUUAAUGAUAUGGAAAUGGCCAAGAAGAGGAAGUCUGGGACUCAUUGCUAUUGCUAUUAUUUCCACUAUAAUGAGAUUUUUAGCCACUUAUACCAAAAAUUUGUCUAAUUACAUUCAUUAUGGUACUUCCAUACAACAGCUGUUUAGGACAGCAGACUAUAUGUACAUUAUUCCUGCACACAGAUUGACAGUUUAUGUGAUGGGAAUAUUUCUGGGAUAUAUGUUACACACGUGUCAGGGAAUUAAACUAAAUAAGUUUCAUUUGUGGAUAGGUCACGUAGUCGCUUUGCUAUUCUUUGUGAUAUCCCUUGCUGGUCCUUCGUUUAUGGGUCAUUUUCAAUAUGUUUAUAAUCCACUCGAUGCAGCUUGGUAUGCUGCCAUAGUUCCAAUUUUCUGGUGUUUAUCAUUCGCCUGGAUAAUAUUUACUCAUCAAAUGGGUUACAAAAGUUUAGCUGGCGAUGUAUUAUCAUGGAGGGGAUUUUUAUUUACCACACGCAUUUCUUACACAGUUUAUCUAACUCAAUUUCCAGUUUUCUUCUUUAAUGUAGGAGUAACAAGACAUAGUGAUUACUAUGGAUUCUUUUUAAAAAAUAUCAAUAUAAAAGAAACGUUUUGGAUAAUUCUUUUAUCAACAAUACUGACGUUACUUAUAGAGAUGCCAUUCAACAACAUUAGGAAUAUAGUAUUUAGCAAACAGAGAACAAAACUGUCGCUAGAAACCAAAAAAACUGAAUGAAUGAAAAACAUUGUGAUCCUAGCUUAAGCUUUAAGAAUGAAUUAGUUGUGAUAGUUUUAUAAUUUAUUUUUUUUUUAUUUUGUAGAUAUAGAUAAGUACGCUUGCGUAUGUAUGCUUUAAUAGGUAUACAGUUUAUUUUUAAUGGUUAUUUCAUACACAUUAAUAUUUAUUGUAUAAUUAACUGCAGACAUGUAUGUAUUGUAAACGAAAAAUUUUCAAGUAUCCUUGUUAGUUGUGUGGAAUAAAUAAUUUUCAUAUU